AUGGAUACCAGUACGUGUGUUCCUAACAGUCAAAAUGCUCCUCAAUCUAGUGCACAACGAAAGUUUUAUCAGUGGGUACUCAAAUGGAUAACUGGUGUACAUGCGCAUGCUGACUGGAACAAUGAGGAAAUGCGCGACAUUCGACAUUCAACAAAACCGGACGUAGCAACGUUAGCCAGUUUUUUACAAGCGAUCGGAUUUAAACUACUCUCGUUUGAAAGGGACAAUGAUUCACAUGCCUCAGGAAAGAAUGAUAAUAAUGUUGAAACACCUGAUCAAGGAGUUCUUAGAGUUGCACUCGAAUGCGAUAGUUCCAACAUGAGGGCAGUGUUAGAAUUAGGAGGAGUCAUAUGUAAAUGUCCCAAUUCUGAUCACAUUAAGGACGCGUCCUUUUGGACUAUUAGUGGUACCGGACCUGUUGGAAGCACCGACAAUAUAUCACAAAAAAUCGAAGAAACUGGUAGUACUUUAUUACCUCGUUUACCAAAAGAUGUUGUUAAACUUUUGCGUGAUGUAUCAUAUAAACUAUUCGACACAAUCGUAUGCGAACCGGAUGUCAAUCGAUAUAUGGACAUUUUAAACGCUUCACAAACAAGUAAUACGUCUUGUAAAACCGCGCAGAAUAAUUUAACAGGAGACAUUGGAGUUACACGAAGUCAUACAGAACCGGAAAUGUUUCUUCGUACAGAUGAUAUGAGUUUAAAAUGUGUUCCUGAGAAGAAAAGUAGGAGUGUAAAUUCCGACCCAUCUGCAAGUCGUGUUAUGUCUCCAAUACAAUCAGUUAAACCUGUUUUACAACGUCAGAAAACAUGGGACAUCGAAACCGAAAGUUCAAACGAAGAACCACGGCCGUCACCUCCAAAGCUUACUAGUUCUCCCUCUGUAGUUUCUGAAUUAUCCAAUUCCUUAGGGCAAAUUUCUUUACAGAGCGAAAUUGAAAAUCCUAGGAUUGUAACUGCAUAUGUUUUAGGGGCAUAUCAAAACUUAGAAAAGGCUCUUAAGGUGUUACUGAUGAAGAAACCAGAGAUUGCGAAUGAUACUUCUCUUAUUCAAGAUGACAGUGCAUCCGUAAGAUCAGCACCUGCUAUUAUUCUUAGUCCCUAUAAAUCAAAUCGAUCAAGUACAUGUACAAUCAACAAACCUUUAUCAAAAUCGACGAAUGAACAACAGACGCGAGCAAACGCAUAUUUGACGUUAACGCCGAGAGCACGUCGUAGUAUCGAACCAAUGCUUCCUAAAUCUACGACACGAAGGAACUUAAAACCUGAGCAAGAAAAUGUAAAACCGACGCUUCGUCGCAGUAGCUUUCACAUUCCUUCGACUGCUAAUUCUAAUAUCUCGUUGUUAAAAUCUUCGGAUACAGGACAAAAAUUUUUGGCGAGUAAAAAGUACAGCACAAGUAAAACAAAUCUCACGAUCAAUUCCGACCUGUCGAACAGAGGUUUAUCGACAACAAAAAAGGUUGUAUCUUCAGAACAACAGGCAUCACCAAACUUGGGAGCACUUAAUACACCGAAUACUCGUAUGUCAAUGAUUAAACCACCUACAAAAGUCUCAAAAACAAUACCCAUUAAAGUGAAAUCAAUGAAAUCUACUAUCAAGAUGAGUCCAGGAAUAUUGAAGAAAUAAAAAGCUAAUCUUUUAAAGCGAUAAAUUAUUAUUUUUAUCUUCAUUUAUAGUAUUUAAUUAAUAAGCAUAAUUUAACUUUACGUUUAUUACGUCAUUUUAAACGGAGAUUUACCCAGGUAUUUUACUGUUAUAGUAUUUAAUUAUUUUGUAAUGCCUAAAAAAAUAUAUAUGUUAUUUCAAAUAA